CUUGGACUAGACAAUCCGAUAAUUUGCAUUCUUUCCCGAUAUAAAGGCAAAGCAGACACUGGCGCAAUUAUUCUUCGCUGUCUGAUACGCCAAGAACGUCGUCAUGCCGCCAAGUGGAAAAGCUGCUAAGAAAGCUGGCAAAGCCAGGCCCGCCGGAGACAAGAAGCGGGGAAGGAGGAGAAAGAGAAGGGAAACCUUCGGUGUCUACAUCUACAAGGUGCUGAAGCAGGUGCACCCCGACACCGGUGUCUCUAGCAAGGCCAUGGGCAUCAUGAACUCCUUCGUCAACGACAUUUUCGAGCGCAUCGCCGCCGAGGCUUCUCGUCUGGCUCACUACAACAAGCGCUCCACCAUCAGCAGCCGCGAGAUCCAGACCGCCGUGCGACUCCUGCUACCGGGCGAGCUGGCCAAGCACGCCGUCAGCGAGGGCACCAAGGCAGUCACCAAGUACACCAGCUCCAAGUAGACCUACGGCUCAAGCUAUAACCCCGGCCUUUUUCAAGGCCACCCACAUCCUCACAAAAGAGCUAUACCAGUCACGCUUUCCAUGACCCAACACACGCACACAAAUCACUAACCUGUGAUCGCAGGUACUACUAGUAUUGCACAAUGUCCGGUAAAAUAACACACAGAAAA